AUGGCUGAUAGAAAAGCUACUGUGGUUCUCCACUCUUUGUCCCUCGAGGACCCCAUUGUUUCUCGCACCCUCACCUUCGAUACUGCUUCAGAUCGGGUUGAAAUCGGUAGAGCAUCGAAACGCGAAAACAAAAACCUCGCUCCGACUCCUCGUAAUGCACUUUUCGAUUCUCGUGUUAUGUCCCGAACUCACGCGAUCCUUCAUCCUGGAUCUAUGCACGGGACCUGGCUGAACAAGGAAAAAAUUCCUGUCGAUAAGGAUGUCACCUUAUCUGAUGGUGAUGAAUUGACCUUUGGUGUUGAGGUUGUCCGAGCAACAGAUAGCUUUCCGCCUCUCAAAGUUCGUUGUGAAUGUCGGUGGUCGGAAACUCCAAAGGAGACUGUACAGAAAGCUCAACAGCAGCCUUCAACCAAUACUUACUGCGUCCCUGAAGACGACGACGACGACGACGACGACGAUGAUGACGACGACGUCGAGUACCUUGGUGAUCUACCACCUGCUAUUGACCUUACCACUGAUGAAACGUCUGAUUCAAACGGUUCAAGUGCUGAAUCGGAUUCGGAAGACAGUCAAUCUGUGGCUGAAGUUUUAUCCCCACUGACAUCCCCCGCUAAGGAUGCAGAGUCGAAAGACGUUCAGCCUAAUGAUGAUUCGUCAUCGAUCGGACAAGACAUGCCGCAGAAGGAGAAGUCGAUCGAUGAGAAAGUCGCAAAUACCGAGCAGCCUUUAGCGACCCCAAGAACGACACCACCUUCAGUCGGUUAUGAUUCGGAGGACAUUGAUGGUGACAACCAGUACUACGAUGAAUAUUUUGCACAUGGCUCGGAUGAAGAUUCCAACGCUGAGCCUGAGGACUGGGACGUCGACGCUGAGGAAGAAGAGGACGAAGAGGAGGAGCAGAAGGAGCAGAAGGAGCAAGAGGAUCAGGAGAAUCAGAAGCCAGAAGAGCGGCAUCAAGAGGAAGAGCCUUUGCCUGGCCCAAGGCGUGUGUCUUUCCAGCUCGACACCCAGGCCCCGAAAGAAUCGACCAACCAUAUUUCAAACUUCGUCGAGGCGGGAGAUACCUCGAAGCCAACCUGUUCCAUUGGCAAAUGGGAUGGUCCGCGGAUGGUCAACAUUUUUUCCAAUCACCCUAAUCGACCAUCCAGCAUUCAAACUGCCGCAAGCGCCUUGCCAGAGAACAAGGCCCCUAGCACCAUCCCUCAGUCACAAGAGCGAACCGUCCAGGGAACCUCAAGCUAUGUUCCAGUCGAUCCCCUGCAGUCUCUUGCGAACUAUGAGGCGCAGCGUCUGCGUUACCAGCCGAGUAGGCAACUGCCGGGACAAUUCUCCUGCCUUUCCAAUUCCACCCUGCUUCCACCAAUCGUGCAGAAACAGCCGCCUUCCAUCAGAUACUCACUUGAUGCUAUGCCACUCCAGGGCUCUUAUCCGUUGAAUGCAACAUACAACGACGGACCAUUUGCGACUAGUCAGCCAAUGCGCGGCGCAUCAUCACCGUCAGCUAACAGAAGCUCUAAGCCUGAUAUCGUGUCUUUCAUGGAUCCACUCGCACCAAUGAUGCCCCGUCCGUCUUGUGAUACAGCACACAACAUGAUUAGUACUGCUCAGUCGUCACAAUCGAGCAUGUACGGAACGUCUAGUGCGAAGCCCAAUUCCCCUAGAAAGAGGAAGGCGGCAGAGAUCGAAAUAGAUCCAUCAGAAGACGAUCACCUGAUGCCUGACGUCUCUUCCCUACCGGAAACCCAGGAGUCAUCCAACAAGGAUGCUGACCUACCCAAUGCCGAGCUCCCCGACGCGCAACCACAGACCAUUGCCGCUAUUCUCAACGGCGACUCCUUUAUGCUUAAUGGACCUGACUCACAGCUCACAACUGUGAGUAUCCCCGAGAACUCCAAGGAGACCAAACAAAGCGAGCGGCCGUCCAAGAUGAUCAAGAGUUCCCAUCGGGUUAGUAUUAGAAGCCACGCGGCGACGGCUAUUUUUGGGGCAGUUGUGGGGGCAGUAGGAACUAUUGCGGCAUUGGCUUCGCUUCCCCCGGACUACUUUGCCGCUUUGCGUGAUUGA